AGAUGGAAGAGGUUGUUCGAUUCGAAUGUCGGGACAGUAAUCUUGAAAUCUACGUGGUUCAACCCGGAGAACGUCUUUCGAUUUUUGGAUCGUGCUCGUUUUUGUGUUUAGCUGGAAAUGCGUCAAUCAACGACUACAACCUUCCGGCAGUUUCGUGUGAAUCGAGCAAUUUCAUGAAAAUCUCGGCACCGCAGAGAAUGGAUGUACCGGCAAUUCUACAAGUUUUUAAAAGUGGACCUUCUUAUAAGCAUGCUCGUCUCAAGUUUCGACUGAAAGAGGUUGCACCGAAAAAUUACGAGAAAAUUAUGGAAAUGAUUGGAACCACGGAGCCAUCUGUCUUUAUUUUCAGCAAAAUUUUAGAUUUUGCUGAAGAGACAGUUUCUGGUGUUGUUUCUAACUUCCUGAUUCAUUCAUCAAUCCAGAAGCAAAUCAUCUUACCGCCACAUUUUUUCAUCAGUCGUGAUGAUUUUAUUAUUUAUCCACAACAACAAGAAGCUCAACUCAAAUCACAAAUGAAUCGUCUGAAUAAGCUUCGAAACGACGGACAGAGGACUACAAUCUUGCCGAUCGGGCAUAAAGGAGCUGGAAAAUCGAAUUUAAUGAGGAGUCUGGUUAAUCGAUGUCUUUCAAAUGGAUACGAGCAUGUGUAUGUGCUUGACUGUGAUAUUGGACAAAGUGAGUUCACACCAUGUGGAUGCCUUUCACUGACCAAAGUAACUUCUCCGAUUCUUGGAAAACCCCAUGGACAUCAGCGAGCAUCAUUUGAGAAUUCAUUUUUCUAUGGGGAUAUUACAGUUCGUGAUAUUAACCUUUAUAUGGACAUUUUCGAACGGCUCUUCAACAAAUUCAAAGUAAUCAGUGAGCCUGGCUCUGUGUGCAUUAUCAAUUCAAUGGGAUGGGUAACAGAUGAAGGAGCAGAAAUUCUCGAUGGAAUUACACGUGUCACAGAUCCAGAAUUAUUCGUUGAAAUUUUCAGAGAUCAAACUGAAGCUCGAUAUCAAUUUUUGAAUCGCGCCGAGCACAAUAUCGUUGAGAUAUUUGCCAACAAUUCAAUCGGAGUCAUCGGUCUUCCACCACAAAAGCGUCUUCCAGCAGCUCUAAUUCGAGAAUUGACAAUUGUUGGAUAUUUCUCAUCUCGAUUGCCACGACCGUCACUUGCCAGUUUUCCAAAAGUUGCUCCGUAUAAAUUGAGAUUUGAAAACGUGACAAUCUGUGUUCCUGUUGAUCUGCUUGUCGAAGAUUCUCACGUAUUCUCAUCAAUAAAUACUCAAAUAAUGGCACUCUGCAUCAAUAAUACUGAUCUAAAACCACGAAAAUUGUAUGGAAAAGACGAUUUACCGAGUAUUUGUGUGAUCGAUGGAAACUCGCCGGCUCUUCAGUGCAUCGGAUUCGGUAUUAUUCGUGGUGUCAGUGUCGAGGAGCGCAUCAUUUUUGUGGUGACUCCCGUCGAUUUGCUAAAACUCGAAGAACCGCCCGUUCUGGUCAGAGGAAUGAGAAUUCAGACACCGACGAUGUUCUACACUGCUGAUCCCUACAAUCGUUGCCCAUAUGUGCUGAAUGAUUUGGAACAAGGAAAUUCUGAUAACACGCUUGACGGUCUCUACCAACCAUCUGUUAAUACGACUCAAUUCAAGAGAAGUAGACGUUUCUAAAUAUCUUUUUUUUUGUUGAAAUUUUUGUUGUUUUCUGUUGUUAUAUUAUUAUUUUUUCCGAAGUUGUUUUUGAGUAUUUAUAAAUUGUCAUUUCAAAUUAACAAAUUGCAUGCCUCA